AUUUCGAUAACGUACCCAAUCUCAGCAUGGUUCACGAUUAACUCAUUUGAAUAAAAGUGUUGGCAACCCUGAACUUAGAACCAGCUGACAGUGUUGAAUCCUAUUUUCGAGCGAGUUCGAAAUUGCGGGUUACCAAAGGGAUAUAGGAAUAAUUAAAGCUCGCCAAGAGCAGCUGCAGAGAUGUCCAACAUGGCAGACGUUUGUCGCUCUUGUUUCAAAAGUUCAGACAUGCUCGUAGACAUAUUCGCCGAGCGGCAUGAGGAUGAGCCCAGUUUGGCCACAAUGUUAAGUCAAUGCGGAGAUUGCGAGGUUAAAUGCGAUGAUGCACUGCCCAAGCAGCUGUGCCUCGACUGUGCUCUGGCCACGAAAAAUGCGUUUAGCUUAAGGCGCAGCCUGCUCAGCUCAGAUAGUGGAGUGUAUAUGGAAGCCGCUGAGGCAUAUGGGCUACUCGAGGACAGCGAUAUAGACUUGGCUCAUCUUCAUUUCGAGUCUAUGCUGGAAAUGAGCACGGCUGCGGAAAGCAUUAUAGCUGUAGGCAGCGAAGAGGACAACCAAGAGAAUCGUACGCCAACUCCCGAUGACGUGACCAAAUCGCAACGCUAUCCGAUUCGUAAGCGCAAGCGCAAACGCUACGCCAGCGAGGAGCGUUAUUCCAGCGAUGGAUCCUAUUCCGGCGAGGAACGUGUUUCUAGCGAGGAGAACUCGUCUUCGUCUUCCACAUCUGAGAAGUUGGCCAGGCAUAAAAACGUAAAGAAACCCAAUUUUCGCAACAAAGAACGUCCCUGCAAGUGUCCCUAUCCUCGCUGCACGGCCGAUUUUAUGUCCAACAAGGGCCUGAAUGCCCAUAUGAGACGACAUGGAAAACGUAUGCACAUUUUCGACAACUGUCCCAAGGCAUUUGUCAGAAAAUAUGAUCUCGAUGAGCACCGGCGCAUUCACACCGGCGAACGACCCUUCAAAUGUCCCCACUGUCCACAGAGCUUCACAUGGAAGAACGUGCUCCGGCUGCACGUUCGCACGCACACGGGCGAGCGUCCCUUCCAGUGCGCCAACUGCCCGAAGAGCUUCGCCUCCAGCCAUUCUCUGAACGAGCACAGACGCGUCCACACCAAGCACUGCGCCUUCGUGUGUCCCCACUGUCAGAUUUCGUUUAGGCACAACAAGACCCUCAAGCGACAUAUUCAGGGGCACACCAAAGAUCUAACAACAUAAAAUGAAUGUUACUAAAUGCGCAUAAGUACAAAUAGGAAAGGAUCAUAAAGUUAAUUUGUUAGUUAGUUCUAAGAUUGAAAUGAAUUUAUAUUAAUUUCUGUGUAAGACAGAUGUCGCAGGUUUUAAAAGAUUAAGAACUUA